AUGGCGAUUGAUCUGAAGGCCGGCGGGCGGAACAAGAAGACCCACAGGACGGCCCCCAAGAGCCGGAAUCCCUACCUCCUCCUCCUCGUCAAGAUCUACCGCUUCCUGGCGCGGCGCACGGGCAGCCCGUUCAACAAGGUGGUGCUGCGCCGCCUCUUCAUGAGCCGCACCAACCGCCCGCCCGUCGCGCUCUCGCGCGUCCUCGAAUACGGCGAGAACAAGGGCGCGGAGGCGGUGGUGACGGUGGUGGGCAAGGUGACGGACGACAAGCGCCUGUACGCCGUGCGCGAGGGCGUCAAGGUGUGCGCGCUGGCCUUCUCCGCCACUGCGCGCGCGCGCAUCGAGAAGGCGGGCGGCGAGUGCCUCUCCUUCGACCAGCUGGCGCUGCAGCGGCCCACCGGCAUCAACUGCCUGCUGCUCCGCGGCAAGGUGACGAGCCGCGAGGCCUUCAAGCACUUCGGCCCCGCGCCCGGUGUCCCCCACAGCCACACCAGGCCAUAUGUGCGCAGCCAGGGCCGCAAGCGGGAAAUGGCUCGUGGUCGCAGGAACAGCCGCGGCUUCAAGUGCCUCGCCUUUUUUCCUCCGUCUCUCCCCCGUCUCUCCCCCGUCUCUCCUCCGUCUCUCCUCCGUCUCUCAUCCGUCCCUCCCCCUACCCGCCCUCAACCGCGCGCCAGUGCGUACUCGCAGCAGCAGUACGGCGACUACAGCGGCAUGUUCCUCUCGCUGCUCAGGGAUGGCGGACACGCGCAGGGGGAGAAGGCGGCAGGGGAAGGGGAAGCGGAGGAGCGGUGGGACGUGUUCUCCGUGGUGGACGGGCAGUUCCCCUCCGCGCAGGACCUGGACGCGGUGGAGGCGGUGGUGGUGACGGGCAGCAAGCACGACGCCCAUGCGCACGACCCGUGGAUCGAGCGCCUCUCAAGUGUGACGUUUUUCCAUCCCCAUGUGCCCAUCCCCAUGUGCCCAUCCCCAUGUGCCCAUCCCCAUGUGCCCAUCCCCAUGUGCCCAUCCCCAUGUGCCCAUCCCCAUGUGCCCAUCCCCAUAUGCCCAUCCCCAUGUGCCCAUCCCCAUGUGCCCAUCCCCAUGUGCCUCUCUUCUAUGCACCUGCCGCAUGCCUCGCCCAUGCCUUUCACCACCAUCUCUGCGUUCUUCUCAUCAUGUGCCCCACCCUCCCCGCAUCUCCCUCGUGAUCUGCCCACCCCUCCCAUGAGCGCCAUGCAGGUGCUGGGGAGGGCGCUAGGGGGGCGCACAGGGCGGGCAGCGGUGGGGUGGGAGCUGGGGAUCAAGUCCGUGCAAUGCACUGCUGACGUGGCUUCACUGCCAUAUGCUGCCGGCCUGCCAUCGUCCUUCAAGAUUCUGGAGGUCCAUCAGGAUCAGGUGUUGGAGUUGCCUCCCGAAGCCAUUCUCCUGGGCGCGUCACCGCGCACGCCCAUUGAGAUUCCAUUGCGAUGGGCGGCCGUCGCAGCUCUCGUGCUACUCGGAUCAGUAGCGGCGGCGGCGGCGGAGGAGGGCGAUCACACGUUCAGCGCGAGCGUGGUGAAACUGACGGACACCAACUUCAAGCGGAAGACGAAAGGCCACACCUUCGUCAUGUUCUACGCCGAAUGGUGCGGGCACUGCAAGCGGCUGAUCCCGGUGUGGUCGCAGCUGGCGGACGAGCUCAAGGAGGCGGGGCGCGCUGACGUCAGCAUGGCGUCGCUGCUGGCGACGGAGCACCGCGCGCACCCCGCGACGAAGCUCGUGCGCGGCUUCCCCACGCUCAUCUGGUUCCACGGCGCCCGCCCCGUCGCGCAGUACGAGGGGGACCGGUCGCGGGAGUCGCUGCAGGCGUUCAUAGAGGAGCAGGCGCAGCUGGGGGAGGCGCAGCUGGCGGAGGGCGCGCGGCGCCUGGAGGCGGAGGCGCGGAGGGCGGAGGAGGAGGCGCAGCGCGCGGAGGAGGGGAAGGGCGCGGAGCCCACGUUCAGUGAGAGCGUGGUGGAGCUCACCGAUGGAAACUUCCAGGAAAAGACCCGCGGGCACACCUUCGUCAUGUUCCACGCGGAAUGGUGCGGGCACUGCAAGCGGCUGAUCCCGGUGUGGUCGCAGCUGGCGGACGAGCUCAAGGAGGCGGGGCGGGCGGGCGUGGGGGUGGCGGCGCUGCUGGCCACGCAGCACCAGAAGCACCCCGCCGUGGGCUUCAUCCAGGGCUUUCCCACGCUCAUCUGGUUCCAUGGCGGACAGAUGGUCGCUGACUACUCGGGCGAUCGCAGCAUGGCAUCGCUGCGGGCAUUCGUGGAGGAGCAGGGUGCGCUGCAGGGGGCGGCCCUGGCGCGCGCCAAGAAGGGCAUGAAGGCCGCCGUGGAGCUCAAGAUGCGCGAGCGCCAGGACGAGCAGCAGCGCGCAGCUGCGGACCAGCGCCGCAUCGAGACGGAGUUCGCCGCCCGGGUGCCGGAAAUCAGCCUGAGUGACCCGAGCAGGGUGGAGGGGCAGGCGGUGGUGGUGCUGCACUAUGCCGACUGGUGCCACGCGUGUGGCUCCAUGAAGACUGUGCUGCUGGACUUGCAGACAGAUCCCCCUGUGGAGGGGCUGCUGGUGGGGCGCUUCAAGGACCCCCAGGCGGGGCUGCUGGCUGCUGGUAACACGCUGCGUAACGGGCAGCCCACGACGUUUUUCGUGAGCAAUGGAAGGAUUUUGGAUGCGUUGAAAGGGGUGAAGAAGGGUGAGGAGGUAAGGGAGUGGGUGAGGGAGUUGGGAGAGUUGAGUGAGGAGGAGGUGGAGGAGCGGGGGAGGGAGUGGAGGGAGGGCGUGGAGGAGGAGGUGGAGAGGUUGCAGCGUGAGGAGAGGGAGAAGAUUCAGGAGGAGUUGAGGAGAAAGGAGGAGGAGAAGAGGAGGGCGAAACUGCAGAAGCGGAGGGAGAAGACGAGAUGGGCGGCGUGA